GUGAAUCUGGACUGGGAAAAUCAACAUUAAUCAACUCAUUAUUCCUAACAGAACUGUAUUCCCCAGAGUAUCCAGGUCCUUCACACAGAAUUAAAAAGACUGUACAGGUUGAGCAGUCAAAAGUUUUAAUCAAAGAGGGUGGUGUUCAGUUACUACUUACAAUAGUUGACACACCAGGAUUUGGAGAUGCUGUGGAUAAUAGUAAUUGCUGGCAGCCAGUUAUCGACUACAUUGACAGUAAAUUUGAGGACUACCUGAACGCAGAAUCUCGAGUUAACAGACGUCAGAUGCCAGACAACAGAGUGCAAUGUUGUUUAUACUUCAUUGCUCCAUCAGGACAUGGACUUAAGCCUUUGGAUAUAGAGUUUAUGAAACGCCUGCAUGAAAAAGUAAAUAUCAUUCCACUUAUUGCCAAAGCAGACACACUUACACCUGAGGAAUGCCAACAGUUUAAAAAACAGAUAAUGAAAGAAAUCCAAGAACACAAAAUUAAAAUAUAUGAAUUUCCAGAAACAGAUGACGAAGAAGAAAAUAAGAUUGUUAAAAAGAUAAAGGACCGUUUACCUCUUGCUGUGGUAGGUAGCAAUACGAUCAUUGAAGUCAAUGGCAAGAGAGUUAGAGGAAGGCAGUACCCGUGGGGUGUUGCAGAAGUUGAAAAUGGUGAACACUGUGACUUCACAAUUCUGAGGAACAUGUUGAUAAGAACUCAUAUGCAGGACCUGAAGGACGUCACUAACAACGUACAUUAUGAGAACUACAGAAGCAGAAAACUGGCAGCUGUUACAUACAAUGGUGUUGACAACAACAAAAACAAAGGGCAACUAACAAAGAGCCCAUUGGCACAGAUGGAGGAGGAAAGGAGGGAGCAUGUAGCCAAAAUGAAAAAAAUGGAAAUGGAAAUGGAACAGGUGUUUGAGAUGAAAGUCAAAGAAAAAGUUCAGAAACUGAAGGACUCAGAAGCUGAGCUGCAGCGACGCCAUGAGCAAAUGAAAAAGAAUUUGGAGGCGCAACACAAAGAAUUAGAGGAAAAGCGUCGCCAGUUUGAGGACGAGAAAGCAAACUGGGAAGCUCAACAGCGUAUUUUGGAACAACAGAAUUCUUCCAGAACCUUGGAAAAGAAUAAGAAGAAAGGGAAGAUAUUUUAAAUACGUCAUUUUGACCACCAGUUAUGUAUUAGUUGCCAAUAUGCCAGCCUGGACAUCAGUGUGUGUUGGAUCCGUUUGACCAAUUUUGCACCAGUUGUAUCCAUAGUAAUGGAUUUAACAGCAUGACAAAUUUUUGUUAAUUUUCAUGGGGAAUGAGAUGCCUUGAAAUUGUCUAGGGUGUUGUGUACUUGGAAAAAUAACAGCUCUAAGUACUUUUUUUUAAAAAAAAACCAUGUUGUUUUAAUGCAAAAGAAAACAUUUUACUGUUGUACAAUCAUGUUCUGGUGGUUUGACGGUUUACACGAUAUUAAAAAUGCAAGGACUCUAGACGGUUUUUAGUGAGGAUAAAUUGCCAUAAUAUGAUGCAAACGAUGCUUCUCUAUUAUUAUAAUACAAGAAUUCCAUUCAGUGCAGCGUAUACAAUAAUGUAAUUUAGUCUAACACAGUCGACCCUAUUUUUGACACUUCCAUUGUUUAAAAGUACACAUGGAAAAACAAGAGUUGUAGGCUACAGUGCACCUAAGCUUUUUAUAACAACCCUUUUAUGUUUUGGAUUCUUUAAAUAUAUGCUAUUCUCAUUUAGUAACUUCUUAGGCAGAAGGAUCUCAUUACUGCUUCAUUUUUUUUUUUUUGUAAUAACAUUUAAUUUAGAUAUUUUUCCAUAUAUUGACCUUCCUAAAUAGAAUAUAGCUUCUUUCAUAUGGUAGGAACCAGUGAGUAAAACUUUCCUUUAACUCCCUUUUUACAUUUUAUGGUAAGUAGCAGGAAAACGCAUUUAUAGGUCAUUUCUAGGCAAAAUUGUGGAGUUAACUACCAACCUGUUUCUACCUGUGUGCAGUCUUUAUUUUACUAGAAAUGGGAAUAUGGCCUCAAGAAAAACAUCACCAUUUUGCAUUUAGCUGUAUUCAUAUACUGCAUUUCUGUAUUUUUGUUUGUAUUGUAAAAAGUCACAUAAUAAACAAUGUUGUGAUGUAA